AGAAUGACAACUGACAAACAACACUCUCUAUGGGAAGAAAACCGCAAAUUUGACAUUCCAGAAGGAUUACUUUGUUCGUUUUCGAACGCAUGAGACAGGUUACUCUAGGAAGACUUUUUUCCACCCCUUGGCCUGUCUGUGUAAGAUCCUCCUUUCCCAUACAUUCUAAGGUAUGUAUUAUUAUUAAUAAAUUGCUACAAAAUAAAACAGAUGCAGUAAGAAGAGUUCACUAACAAGAGUCCAGUAAACAACCGAC